GGGGGAGGGGCGUCAAGAUGGCGGCGGGGAGGUAGGCAGAGCCGGACGCCGCUGCUGCCGCCGCCACCGCCGCCGCCUCCGCUUCAGUCGCCUCUGGUUCUUCAAGCUCUCGCCACCCGGAGAAGCUGUUCCGGCGUCGGAUCCCGCGGGGAAAAUGGUGGAGCCAGGGCAAGAUUUACUGCUUGCUGCUUUGAGCGAGAGUGGAAUUAGUCCGAAUGACCUCUUUGAUAUUGAUGGUGGAGAUGCGGGGCUUGCAACUCCAACACCUACCCCUCCCAUACAGCAGUCAGUGCCACUUAGUGCAUUAGAACUAGGUUUGGAGACUGAAGCAGCAGUUCCUGUUAAACAAGAACCAGAGACGCUACCUACUCCAGCACUAUUAAAUGUUAGGCAGCAGCCUCCAUCUACUACAACAUUUGUGCUGAAUCAAAUAAAUCAGCUUCCGACUUUGGGAUCUACAAUUGUAAUGACUAAAACACCACCUGUAACCACGAAUAGGCAAACCAUCACUUUAACAAAGUUCAUUCAGACUACUGCAAACACACGUCCUUCAGUCUCAGCACCAGCAGCACGAAAUGCCAUGACCUCUGCACCUUCAAAAGACCAGGUUCAACUGAAGGACCUACUAAAAAAUAAUAGUCUGAACGAACUCAUGAAACUGAAGCCACCGGCUAAUAUUGCUCAGCCAGUUGCAACAGCAGCUACUGAUGUAAGCAAUGGCACAGUAAAGAAAGAGUCUUCUAAUAAAGAAGUAGCAAGAAUAUGGAUAAAUGACAUGAAAAUGAGGAGUUUUUCCCCGACCAUGAAGGUCCCUGUUGUGAAAGAGGAAGAUGAACCAGAGGAAGAAGAUGAAGAAGAAAUGGGUCAUGCGGAAACCUAUGCAGAGUAUAUGCCAAUAAAAUUAAAAAUUGGCCUGCGUCACCCAGAUGCUGUAGUUGAAACUAGUUCUUUAUCCAGUGUUACUCCUCCUGAUGUUUGGUACAAAACGUCUAUUUCUGAAGAAACCAUUGAUAAUGGCUGGUUAUCAGCAUUACAGCUUGAGGCAAUUACAUAUGCAGCCCAGCAACAUGAAACAUUCCUACCAAAUGGAGAUCGUGCUGGAUUCUUAAUAGGUGAUGGUGCUGGUGUAGGAAAAGGAAGGACAAUAGCAGGAAUCAUCUAUGAAAAUUAUUUGUUGAGUAGAAAAAGGGCUUUGUGGUUCAGUGUUUCAAAUGAUUUAAAAUAUGAUGCCGAAAGAGAUUUGAGGGAUAUUGGAGCAAAAAACAUUUUGGUCCAUUCAUUAAAUAAGUUUAAAUAUGGAAAAAUUUCUUCCAAACAUAAUGGGAGUGUGAAGAAGGGUGUGAUUUUUGCUACCUAUUCUUCCCUCAUUGGUGAAAGUCAGUCUGGUGGUAAAUACAAAACGAGGUUAAAACAACUCCUACAUUGGUGCGGUGAUGACUUCGAUGGAGUGAUAGUGUUUGAUGAAUGUCAUAAAGCAAAAAACUUAUGUCCUGUUGGUUCUUCAAAGCCAACCAAGACAGGCUUAGCAGUUUUAGAACUUCAGAACAAAUUGCCAAAAGCCAGAGUUGUUUAUGCUAGUGCCACUGGUGCUUCUGAACCACGAAACAUGGCCUAUAUGAACCGUCUUGGAAUAUGGGGUGAGGGAACUCCAUUUAGAGAAUUCAGUGAUUUUAUUCAGGCAGUGGAACGGAGAGGUGUCGGUGCCAUGGAAAUAGUUGCUAUGGAUAUGAAGCUUAGAGGAAUGUACAUUGCUCGACAGCUGAGCUUUACUGGUGUGACCUUCAAAAUUGAGGAAGUUCUUCUUUCUCAGAGCUAUGUUAAAAUGUAUAACAAAGCAGUCAAACUGUGGGUCAUUGCCAGAGAGCGAUUUCAGCAAGCUGCAGAUCUGAUUGAUGCUGAGCAACGAAUGAAAAAAUCCAUGUGGGGUCAGUUCUGGUCUGCUCACCAGAGAUUUUUCAAAUACUUGUGCAUAGCAUCCAAAGUUAAGAGGGUUGUUCAACUAGCUCGAGAAGAAAUCAAGAAUGGAAAAUGUGUUGUAAUUGGUCUGCAGUCUACGGGAGAAGCUAGAACAUUAGAAGCCUUGGAAGAGGGUGGAGGAGAAUUGAACGAUUUCGUUUCAACUGCCAAAGGAGUGUUGCAGUCACUCAUUGAAAAACACUUCCCUGCUCCAGACAGGAAGAAACUUUAUAGUUUGCUAGGAAUCGAUUUGACAGCUCCAAGUAACAACAGCUCACCAAGAGAUAGUCCUUGUAAGGAAAAUAAAAUAAAGAAGCGCAAAGGUGAAGAAAUAACUCGAGAAUCCAAAAAAGCACGAAAAAUAGGUGGCCUUACUGGUAGCAGUUCUGAUGAUAGUGGAAGUGAAUCUGAUGCCUCCGAUAAUGAAGAAAGCGACUACGAGAGCUCUAAAAACAUGAGUUCUGGAGAUGACGAUGAUUUCAACCCAUUUAGAGAUGAGUCUAGUGAGGAUGAUGAAGAUGAUCCCUGGUUAAUCAGAAAGGACCACAAGAAAAACAAAGAUAAAAAAAAAAAGAGAAGUAUAGAUCCAGAUUCUAUUCAAAGUGCCUUAUUAGCAUCAGGUCUUGGAUCAAAACGACCUAGUUUUUCUUCUACGCCAGUAAUUUCACCUGCUCCUAACAGUGCACCAGCUAACAGUAACACCAACAGCAACAAUAGCCUUAUAACAAGUCAGGAUGCCGUGGAAAGGGCCCAGCAGAUGAAGAAAGACCUACUUGAUAAACUAGAAAAAUUAGCUGAAGACCUCCCUCCUAAUACCCUGGAUGAACUUAUUGAUGAACUUGGUGGCCCUGAGAACGUUGCUGAGAUGACUGGCCGCAAGGGGAGGGUUGUAAGCAAUGAUGAUGGAAGUAUAUCUUAUGAGUCAAGAUCUGAACUUGACGUCCCUGUGGAAAUACUAAAUAUCACGGAAAAACAAAGAUUUAUGGAUGGAGAUAAGAAUAUUGCUAUCAUCUCAGAAGCUGCCAGCUCAGGUAUUUCAUUACAAGCAGAUAGGAGAGCUAAAAAUCAAAGGCGAAGAGUUCAUAUGACUCUGGAAUUACCAUGGAGUGCUGAUAGAGCAAUUCAGCAGUUUGGACGAACUCAUAGAUCAAACCAAGUUACUGCUCCGGAAUAUGUCUUUCUGAUUUCUGAAUUGGCAGGAGAACAAAGAUUUGCAUCUAUUGUUGCUAAAAGACUUGAGAGUUUGGGUGCGCUUACACAUGGAGACAGAAGAGCAACAGAAUCCAGAGAUCUGAGUAGGUUCAACUUUGAUAAUAAGUAUGGAAGAAAUGCUUUAGAAAUUGUCAUGAAAUCCAUUGUAAACCUAGAUUCUCCUAUGGUAUCACCACCUCCAGACUAUCCUGGAGAAUUCUUUAAAGAUGUUCGACAAGGACUGAUAGGAGUUGGCCUGAUAAAUGUAGAAGAUCGUUCAGGAAUUCUUACUCUAGAUAAAGAUUAUAACAACAUAGGAAAAUUCUUGAAUAGAAUUUUGGGCAUGGAGGUGCAUCAACAGAAUGCGUUAUUUCAGUAUUUUGCAGACACACUUACUGCAGUUGUCCAAAAUGCCAAAAAAAAUGGAAGAUAUGAUAUGGGAAUCUUAGAUCUUGGUUCUGGAGAUGAAAAAGUGAGGAAAAGUGAUGUUAAGAAGUUUCUGACUCCAGGAUAUUCAACCUCUGGCCAUGUAGAAUUAUACACGAUAAGUGUAGAGAGAGGAAUGUCCUGGGAGGAAGCUACCAAGAUUUGGGCUGAGUUGACAGGACCAGAUGAUGGCUUUUAUUUGUCAUUGCAAAUAAGAAACAACAAGAAAACUGCCAUCUUAGUUAAAGAAGUGAAUCCUAAAAAGAAGCUUUUCUUAGUUUAUAGACCAAAUACUGGGAAACAGCUCAAAUUAGAAAUUUAUGCUGAUCUAAAAAAGAAAUAUAAGAAGGUAGUCUCAGACGAUGCCCUGGUCCACUGGUUAGAUCAGUAUAAUUCAUCUGCAGAUACUUGUACUCAUGCUUAUUGGCGUGGCAAUUGCAAAAAAGCAAGUUUGGGAUUAGUUUGUGAAAUAGGUCUUCGUUGCCGCACGUACUAUGUAUUAUGUGGCUCAGUACUGAGUGUCUGGACAAAAGUCGAGGGUGUUCUCGCAUCUGUCAGUGGCACAAACGUGAAAAUGCAGAUAGUUCGGCUAAGAACAGAGGAUGGACAGCGGAUUGUAGGUUUGAUCAUUCCUGCAAAUUGUGUGUCUCCUCUUAUAAAUCUCCUGUCAACUUCAGACCAGUCUCAACAGCUUGCAGUCCAGCAGAAACAGCUCUGGCAGCAGCGUCACCCCCAGAGCAUCGCCAAUUUGAGCAACACAUAAGAACAGACAGGUUUCAACAUGGAUGUAUAUGAAACGCUGUUGAAGCAUAUCAUUUGCAUAAAAAUCAGGGACAGUUUCCAAAGAAUUAUAAUUUUUUUUCAGUUGUGCUCUCUCUCUAGUUAAUUUUUUUGGGAAUAAGGACAAACCUGGAAUAGAUAGCAAAACUGAAAAUCAGCAGUGCCGAUGGUGGUACAUAUGUCUUUCCUCGUGCUUUUCCCGUGGUACUUACCGUAUGCUUCUACUUUGGGUGAGCAGAGGGGUAUGUGCGCGUGUGUGUCAGUCUGUUUGUUUGUGAGUUUGUUAAAAGCUACGAACCAUAAUUGGUUUAAAAAUGCUUGGAACUUCCCAAACUGGCUUUACUUUUAUGUUAUACAGUGCUCAGGGUUAACGCCGUACAUCCAUGCCAUUGCUGUGGGACUUAUCCCCGGAUGCAUGUGUUUUGAGUCUAUAAAUAGAGAAAAUAUAUAUUGGUUUCUUUUUCCAACUUAUUAAAACAAUAGGUUUAUUAAAGCAUGAAACGAAAGGUUACAUAUCAUGCAUUCAGGUUCUUUUUCUAGUUUUUGUUCUGACAGUGCAUGUCUUUGACAGCAUGCGUAAACAAGAUUAACACAGAAGUCAAGUAGCGGAAAGAAACAUUUGUAGAUGUACAGCAUUGGUUAUUGCAUUUUUAUAGUGUUUAUACCUGGGUAUUGCUUCAAACCCUGCGAAAUCACCUUCUCCCAUUCCCCCUGCCCCAGGUUUCUUGUCAAGGUAAUGAGUACAUACAUUUUUUGGUGAUAAAACUCUUAAAAGUUAAUUUUAAUGUAUUAAUAGUAUUCCUAAUGUGUGCUGCAAAAAUGGCUACAAGCCUGCUUUUCUUAAAAUUACAUUUUUCUUAACUUAAAGAUAGUUUUAGAAAGAAAUACAAAUUGGCUUCCGUCUUGCAAACAAUCUUUUUUUUUUUUACUUCGUUAUCUUAAUUUGCUUUGUCACUCUUAAAAAUGGAAACCGUACUUGAGUUGUAAACUAGACAAUGAGGAAACACUUGAGGCUUCUGCUGUAUGUUUAUUUCUUGUUGUUAUUGUUGUUACCCAGUAACUUGAAUAUUGUUUAAUGUGUUGUAAGACAUUGUAGAGUUUAUCUCAAGCUGUUAAAAAUGGUAAUGUACAAAUGUGAAUAGACACUUAUCUAUAAUAUGGGUAAGUUUUGUUUCGCCUAUAAUAGAUGUUUAUAAAAACAAGUGAGGGGACAAUUGGUCUUUUUGUUACCUUUUUUUUUUCCUUUCCUUUUUUUUUUUUGCUUGCACAGGUUGCACUAUUGAAAAACUGAGAUUGUAUAAACCUGGUCAAAAGCUGCAAGAUACCACAAUCUUGUAGAUGUCAAAUAAAAAGUUAUUAUACUAAGCAGAAGUGGACUCUUGUUUAGGCCCUCACCACCUUCAAAAGUAGUCUGUGAUGGGGAUGCUGCAGGACUUGCGUGUUGCUCAACAUUCCAGGUAGCCUUAUGUUUUGGCUUAAAACCUACCCCUCAAAAUUGAAACGGUGUUGAGGAAGGGGUAAAAUGAUAGUACUUUUGAAAGUUUCUCAAGUUGAACUGUUCUCCUUUGUAACUUUCUAAACUUCUUGUAGAAUUAGGUGAGAUGUAUGUUAAGUGAUGGGAAAGCUAGGGCUAUCAUCCUCUUUUGUUUCUUCAAGCCUGAGUUUGGUUAUGUCACGUUUACCAUAAGUUUUCUUUCUUUGGAUUUAUUUAUUCUAGACGCCUAAAAGAACAAAUUGAGAAUAAUUUCUGUUCUUUGGCAUAUUUUGCCCAGUGGAUGCAACUUUUAUCCUCAGUCUAGUCCUUAUAUCUCAGGCAGUGAUCCAUAUGAAUAUCAACCAGUGUCCCUUGUCAGGGCCACUAGACCCGGCUGGCAGUCAAGAGCAGAAUUGUCCACCUGCACCAAAACUUCCCAGUUCUUCUGUUUUUCAAUCAGGAGCCCAUUCAGCUUCCGUCAACAUCCCAAGGUGAAAUAGAGCUACGGAGGGGGAAGCCUAACGAGCCUGUUCCCUCCAGUGAGGCAAAAUGGCGGGGUUGGGGAAAAGAGACUCCCUCUUGGAGGCUUGGCCCAACUUCCCUUUUUUGUGUGUGGGAGUAUCUUUUUUAGCAGGUUAUGGUUUUUUCCAAGCAGCUUCAGUGUGAGGAUUCUUUAGCAUGCAGUUAGUUGACCCUCACAAUUUAUGAUGUAAUGUUUGCUCUUGGAAUAGCUAUCUUGUUGAAAAGGGGGAUAUAUGUAUGUUCUGUUCUUUGUAGAACAGCUUUGUUUUGCUUUUUAAAAAAAAGUCCAGAAAUAAGGCCUCUGAAAACUCUCAAAGUAGACCUCAGAAAGGCAGCCGUGUAAAUGGAUGGGGAGCUGAGGUGCCACGUGCACAUGCUUAUCGUGGUGUGGUGUGCAUGUGAGCGCUGGGAGUCUGCUGCCCAGCCUCCUCUCUGGAGGUGAACGUAUGACCUUUAACACUGUGCCCUUAUCCAAGUCAGCAAGUUUUAGGUUGGUCAACGUGGGAAGACCCAGCAUUCAAGGUCCUCCUCUGUCAAACAAUCAAGUCUCAACAACAGCUAACUUCUGUACAACAGAUCCUUGUAUUUCAGGAUCUGAAUGCCACGUCUGAACCCAGGGACCUUGUUGAACCCGAUGUGAGUCCAUUUGGCCUCUGUAAUGCCUUUUCUCCCUUUUUAGCAAUAUGGCUCUGAGCACAAAGAUUGAUUACAAGUCACGUUAGUGUUUUCAGAGUUUACAGUGCCGAUUGUACUGAAAACCACUUUCCCAGUCCAGAGCUGCUCAGAUGGUAUUGGCGGGGGGGUUAGUGUUCCCCUAAUUUAGCACCCUCCCUACCACAAGGUCUCUAGCUGCAGUUUAGUGGGAUAAUCCAGAUAUUUAUCAACGAUAUGAAUUCGUAAAAGUAUUAAUAAGGUAUUUUUAAACACAACUUGAUGAAAAAGUAAAUAUCUUAAGCAAUUUUCCCUUUUUGCUGCUGAAUUGCCGAUACACUCUUCAGUGUCUUUUCUUUACAUCUGUAUAUAAGUUAGCAAGAACCUGCAUCCAAAGCAAUGUAGUGUUGUGUGUAUGUAUAUAUAUAUAUUUAUUACAAUCCAACUAGCACUUCAGAAACCUUUUUGAGUUGCAACAGUAAACCUUUUACUUGUAUUCUGCUUCAUCUGUAAUGGUAAAAGUUCUAGAUUACCAAGCUCCAGGGGUAUAUAAUAUUUUAGAGGCAUAAUUUUCUGGCUGUAGCCACUGGGGCAUUCAUUUGCUAAUCUCCAUGUGAUGCUAUUAGAGCAACUUCUAACAGGCACGACGAGAAAGGGUACCAGACACUUACCGUUGUAUAAUGGGAGCCUUUCCCCAGUCCCCUCCACUUUCCAGUUUAGCAGGAGGGGAAAAAAAGCAAUAGAUUAGAAAUGAUUGAUGCAUUUCAAUUUAUGAAAGUAGGAGCAGAGGAAAAGUGUUUUUCACUUGGGUCCUUUUCUUGAUUAGAUAUUAAGAGGAAGGUCCCUAUCUAAAUACUCUCAUUUAAAAAAUGUACCUGAAAAAAAUAAAAUAAAAAUGUACCUGAAUGAUAUUUGAUAAUUUCUAAGAAUGGUGCUGCAUAAGAGUCGCUGUUAGACCGGUGUGCAGUUAACAGAUGUUCGGUUAGUGCAGGCAUCCCAGGGACCGCAGGCAUUUGUUGACUAUCCUUCCUCUAUGUCUGGAGUCUCCUUGGCUAACACCACACCUUGCACGCUCGCUGUGCACGCUUUGCUGCUGGAAUAUACAGCAGGCGGUCCAUGUCAUGGCUACAGCUGCGAGCAAAAGCCAUUUGUAAAAAGUCCUCAUUGGAUGCCAGUUGUCUAGUACAAAGGCAGUGUCUUUUAAGGGCAUGUAAGUGAAGGAAACACAUCUAUAUACCUGCAGCUCGAGCUAGCUAAUAAUUUUUUUCUGCGUACUUGAGGUGAAAUCCAAAACCCACCUUCUGAUUUUAUGCUGUACUUAUAUAUAUAUAUAUAUAUAUGUACAUAAUGUGUAUAUAUAGAAAUGUUGAGUUCUUUUUGAAUUCUGAAUGUAAAUAUUUCUUGUAAAUUGGGACGCCACCAGCUUGUUUUUCUCUUUUCCCUCCUCCCUUCAAUCCUAUUUAUUCUUUUCUUGACUUCCCAUAGGGGGCUUCUUAACAAUUUGGUGUUUUUUUUGGAUGUAGAAACGUAUGAAAAACUUCUUAGUUGAAUUUGUUCAUAUAUUUUAGAAUUCGGUUUUGCAUCUUUACUAUAGAAUUCCUAUGUCUGUUUUGUGUUAAUAUUUUUCAACGUGCCUGAUUGUGUUUUGCAUUUUUAUUACAGAUUUUUACUGUGUGCAAUGCGUUGUAUUGGGGGGAAUGUACUUGAGUGCAAUUUCUGAUACUGUCAUUAUAUGACUAGUUAUGCUCAUUUAUGUUGCUCUUUGGAAGCUAUCGUGAGCCUGAUGUUUUCACCUAAAAAAUUUCUUCCCAAGACUUCCUUUAAGCUCCUCUAACUUCUUCAGUGCAUUUGAGAUCAAACUUAGCUCUUCAGUAAACCCGACUUGUUCCUACCCUUGCAGUUUUUCAGGCCUGCACCAAAUCCUUCAUCCUUGCGGCUUUCCAGCUGAGGGGAAAAUCUUGCAGAUCUGAACAGUGAUUUAUGACCUGCUACUGCUGCAGAUUUUCUGUUUCUUUAAGAAGUCGAGCGUGUACUUUUAGCCUACAAGUAACAAGCAGAAGCUUACUUUCCAGCGAGCAUGGGUAAUCUGCUUCUGCUCCCACCAGUUUAAGGAUAUUUAUAGCAGGAGUGGAGACAGACCUGGUACAUGCUGGUGUCCAUGCUGACAGGUGACAUUAGAGAAUGUCCUUUAAGGGACAGUUGUCCUCCGGAAUCGAGCAGCACAACUGCUGUGGAGGCUUCCAUGAGCCUUCAGCUCAAGGUUGAUGCUGUGCUGAGGGUAAAAUAGCCAGUUAACUGUGGAGGGACGGGCUGGUAGGAUCCGAUGGGCUAUCCCGCCACCAGUGAACUGGUGAAUUGAUCUUGACUAGAUUGGCUGUAAACCUAGGAGCUGAGCUGCAUCAAGGCAUUCUUAAUGAUUGGAUUUGUGUUGCCAGUAGGGCAGACCCAGGGGUGGCUCACAAAAGUGGUGGUAAUCAUCACCAGGGAGGCAAACAUUGUGUUUUUACUUACAGAUUUUGCACUUUUAAGAAAAUGUUCCUCCUUAACUUUCAGGAAAGAUAGCCGUGAGCCUUUCUUGGGCCUUCAUUCAUGCACAUGUUUCACUCGUUACUAUUGAACUUCAUAGACGUACUGAAAUUUAAAAGUUGUCUGCAUUUAGGUAAGUCUUAGGAACCUAAUUUGUCAUGCAACGGGGCCUUUCAGAGGUGAGCUGCAGCGGGAAUCCCUGUCCCAACACGUCCUGCCCGGCUUUCCUCCUCUGGCGCCCGUGGAGGAGCAGCUGUCAGGACACCGUCAGGCUAAGACUACACCCUUGUAGUGCAGAGUCGAGCAAGGGGUGCCACCUGGGAACGUCGGUUCUCUUUGCUACUUGCAGGUCAGGCCUCCUUGGGGCUGAGGGUCAGUCCGCAGACCCCUUAGUGAGAACUCCCUGGCUUUUCCGCCCACCCUGUCCUGAGGGCCUUUCUUGCUGUAACAGUAUUUGUGGCACUGAAGAGGAUAAAGAAGCUUCAGCCUUCUUUCUGACUUCCACUUUACGGGGCAGAGAGCUUUUUUUCUACGUAGCACAUUGCAGUCUCACCUCCAUCAGAAAAAAUCAUCCUGUUCAUGGUUUAUACUGAAUUUGCAAACUACUGAUAUUAUUUUUCAAUAACCACUUGUAUCUACCAUCAACCAUGAGAGGUGGGAAGAGGUACGCUGUAUCUCUGCAAUAAAACUUUUGCCAGGUUCUACCUCUGCUGAGCAAAGGAUACUUUUAUACGUAGGCAUAGAUCUUCCUUCCUUUACUGAUCUGACAUGGUGCAUCUUGAGACAACAUAUGAUGGAAUCCAAAGACAAUUUGAAACAAAGGUGGAUGUAAACUCUUCUGGUUGUUUCUGUUCUGUUCUCUUUUUUAAAAUCUCUUUUUAUAUUGCUACUCUGUUUUGAAUGUCCGUCAGUGUAUGAAGGGUACGCACUGUUCUCAUGAUACUGCACUGCUUCAGCCUUCCGUGGUAAUACAGUACCGAGUGUCCAGAAACGAUUGUUCUGACCGUUUUGAUUUGUAACUUUAAAAAUUGGGUCUCAUGCAAUAAAAAUGUAUUGGCUGCAUUUAGCGAGGUUUAUACCCUUGCAAGUAAAAACGAUCAACCAUGAAGCGUAAUGAAUUCUGUAUUUAGGUUUUUUGUUGUUGUGUCUUUUGAUUUUUCUGUUUAUUUUUUCUUUUUUUUGUAAGAUUCUUAAAUAAAUUAAACUGGCUAAUA